UCGGCGUCUCCGUUGCCUUCCGCGGUCAUACACGUGUUGUAUUAACUGACGCCAUAGUACCCAAGGUGACACUAGUAUAGCCAAUACGUAAUAAUUGUGAUUAUUUGUGGUAAUAUUACAAUACGAUGAUGUAUUGGGUGAUAAUAGUGUACGGAGUAUUCUCUCAGCACAUGCUUUACACGCGAGCACAGACAAGAUCGGAAUUUGUUGGUGCUCUGAUCGUUGAUUAUGACAACCGAAUCCCUCCGAACUUUGAAAAGAACAAUUACACGGAGGUGGAGGUCAGUUUGUUCAUAAACAGCAUCGACUCCAUCAGCGAGAAAACGAUGGACUACACAAUGAACAUGUUCAUACAACAAGAGUGGUACGACCCCCGACUACAGUUUUUCGGCCUAAUUGAUUCCACCUAUCUAGAACUCGACUCGAAACUCAUCAACGAUGUAUGGGUCCCCGAUCUCUACUUCACCAACGAGAAGAAAGCUUCCUUUCACGAAGUCACUGUGCCUAACCGGAUGAUGCACCUUUAUGAGGACGGUCGUAUUAUCUAUAGGUUACGCGUGUCUGUGACGGCUGCUUGUCCCAUGAAGCUGCACCGCUAUCCGUUUGACUCCCAACUCUGUUACCUCUAUAUCCAAAGCUUUGCCUACACGAUGAAUCGACUGAGAUUUAAAUGGCGAGAUAGUGACCCGGUAAGGACUAAUGCCAAUCUGGAGUUGCCACAGUUCGAUCUGGACAAUUAUGAAACCUCGGACUGCACGGGGUAUGGGACGGACGAUCUGGCAGCCAACUUCACAUGCAUCCAACUAAAACUACACCUAACCCGAAGUCUGGGGUUCUACAUGAUUCAAGUAUACGUACCCACCAUUUUGAUCGUGCUGCUAUCCUGGGUGUCAUUCUGGCUCAGUAUUGACGCAGUGCCGGCUCGAAUUUCUCUGGGGAUUCUCACAGUGCUUACCAUCACCACGCAGAGGACCAACUCAGUCUCGUCGAUGCCCCCUGUGUCCUACGUUAAGGCGCUGGACGUGUGGAUGGCAAUGUGUCUGCUGUUUGUAUUUGCCGCGCUUUUAGAGUACCCGGUUGUAUACGUCAUGGAAAGGAGAGACGUCAAGUUACUUCAGACGAAAGUUGCAGUAGAAGAGGAAAAAGCAUUAAAUCCAGCAAAGACACAACAUACGAGAAAUCGUAUGGAACGAAACCGGGCCCAACGAAUUGACAACAUCUCUAAAAUCAUGUUUCCGCUUGUGUUCUCUUCGUUCCUAGCGAUCUACUGGUUUGCAUAUACUUUAUAAUGGAAGGCUUCAAAAGGUUAUUUCGGUUUAAAAAAAACUUCAUUUAAUGUGUUUUAGGGGAGCUUUUUACAGCAGAAAACGGACUGAGUGUAUGAGGUUGCGAUACCGUGACUAAAUAAUGAAAAUAAAUUUUAGAUUUCCCUCUAAGAUUAUAGUCAGAUUCAUGUCGUUAUGUUGCAUAGUUUAAAACUAUUUUCAACAAUUUGUUUCCGACAUUCUUCAAUAGCAAUGAAAGGUGUUAUCAAACUACAAAUGAUAUGUUUCUUUGAAGUUCAU